GCCGUGUUUUUGUUCGGUGUUCGAUCGACAACAAACCCAUCGCUGGUACUCUUUUUUUUCUUUUCUGUACUUCCCUUCGCUCGGCUUCUUUUUUCUUUUGGUUUUGGUUUUUUUUUACGACGUAUUAGUCCCCAGUCAUGUCCUCGUCACCCACCCCAGACAUCUCCUCGCUGUCGCUCAGCAGCACCCAGCAAGUAUCGCAGUACCAGCAACAGCAGCAGCCCCGUCUUCACGACAAUUACGAGUUUGACACCAGAUCCCCGUAUCCCUUCGCCGCCCCUCAGACCCAGUACAACCCUCUCGCCAUGGGCCCGUCUCCGCUUAAGCUCAAGCCUUCUCUUCGCAGCGGCCUUCCCACUCAAUGGCUCGAUAAUUCAUCCGUCAUCCAGGAGAGUCGCUCCCUUUCGCCAAACAACAACUCUGAUUUCUCGUCGUCGGGUGGAUCCCCUCCCAUGGGCCAUCUCGCUCAACCCUCCUCCGCGAUCGCCGCGCAGGCGCCCACCCAAAACAAUGAAGAGGAGAUUAUACCCACUGCUAUCGUGAUCAAGAACAUACCUUUCAACGUCAAACGUGAAACGCUCCUUGAUAUCAUUGCAUCCUUGUCCAUCCCUACCCCCUAUGCAUUCAAUUAUCACUUGGAUCAACAGGGUUCGUUCCGCGGUCUCGCCUUCGCCAAUUUCCGCCAGGCUGCCGAUGCAGAUGCCGUCGUAGCAGCCUUGAACGGAUUCGAAGUCCAAGGUCGCAAACUCCGCGUUGAAUAUAAGAAGGUCUUGCAGGCGGGCGAAAAGGAGCGUAUCGAAAGAGAGAAAGCCCUUCGUCGGAUGCGCUCCAUGCAGUUGGAAAAAGAGCAGCAGGCAGCUCAAACUUACGACGACUUUGGCCCCAUUUCUCCGCCUCACUUUGCCACUCCGCAACGCUCUUUCUCUACUGGGGCGUAUCAGCAACCGUACUCCCCUCCACCUAUCUCUUCUCUCCCGACUUCUCAGCCUUUCGGCUCAACGACCACUCCGCCGGUGGCACCUGCCACGCCAAGUUCAUCCGAAAAGGCUGCUUCUUCCAAUGAGCUAGACUUAAACGACCCAUCCACGCUUGAAAUCUAUUCUAGAAUCUUACUUUUUAGGGACGAUCCUAUGCGGGAUGAACUCGCAUUUUCUAGGUCCCUGACCCCUAAACAGAGGAGGGUAGUUCAUUUAAUUGCUCAGAAAUUGGGCGUGUUUCAUUACUCUGUCGGAGAAGGUGAAGAUAGAUAUGCGGUCGUAACUCGCAUCGACCCAAACAGGGCCCAAAGGACUCAGCCAGCUACCCUGUCGCGCGCUCCAUCCGCAUAUCUCUCUGCAUCAAAUUCUCAGUCCCAGCUCGCUACUACCCUCCGCAUGAAAAAGUCUAUGCCUGACAUGAAGACCCUGCACACGCAGGCUCCACGCCUGGCCACACGUGCAUCCAACGGAAAUAUCCGUGAGGGCUACGCCACUAUCGCCUCUCCGUCUCGCCGCUCCCCUGGUGGGUUUGGCGCGCUGUUCGGCAAUUAUGGUAGUGGGAACAGCAGCGCUAUCCCUCCUGUGCCUAGUCUGCCUGCUACUGUCACCGGUUCCAUUAAUGGCAAUUUCAACGAGAGCGCGAGUGGUGUGGUUAGACAGCCACGUGGUCCUGGCGUUGGUGGCUUCGGGCAACGGCGGGCGGCGGCGAACAAUGAUGGACAGGCUACGGUCGCACGUGGUAUGGGUCUCGAAGCCCGCACGCAUGAGCCUUUGGAGAUAUAGACACUCGCAUUUCACAGACGAACUUACCUUACGGAGUCGUUUUUUUGCUAACAGGGUGUUGUCCAUCUGUGCAUGGCCAUUGGCUCCAAACCUUUUGUUCUGAUUACUUCUCCUUUUGUUCUUUGAAAACAGGUUGUGCAAUAUCUGAUUACCUCUCUCGAUUAUCUCCCUCUCAUAUUCCUUACUACUCUCUGGCUCUUUCUCUCGUCCUUCUCCUCGCCUCAAUAAUACUUGUAUACCGCAUGCUUUACCAACUAAACCAAAUCUCGAUUCUGCAGGCCUUCCGAAAGAACAUCUUUUGUUAAUAAUCACUGACCGCUCAUUCUUCAAUGGGCCCGUAUCAUGCUUCUGUUCACUUGGAUUUUUUAGAGUUUGACUCCGGAUAUCGAAUGUCAUUUUCACGCUAUUCUCCACACAUGAUACGUAGUCGUUUGUUGGAAUAAAUAUGUUCUUGUUUUACUCGAGAUAUUCACGAGGUUUUCGGGGAC